CGAGAUUUUCCUCUUUUUUUUUUCCCUCCCCCUCUCCCCUCUCUCUUUCUCUUUUCGUCCCGUCCCGUCCUCUUUCUGUUGCUCUUGGAUUUCACGUGUCUCUUUUUGCGGUACGGACAAGAAGGGGUCCAGUAAGAGGAACGAGAUCUGGCAUGCGGCAUUGGCAUUGGGCGACGAAACAUUGACUACCAACCGCUACCGUACACUUCGAGACACAAUCCGAACUUACCCCUCGAUACCCCAAACACCUACCCGCCAGUCAAGGAGACGUAUUACCCCGUCCUUCCCUGUCAACGAACCAUCAACAGAUCCACGCCGCGCGGACGGUAGCUUGUCUCGACAACUACAAGGAACUGAACGGUCAACCGCCGAGUAAAAGUAAGCGGUCACUGCUUGCAAGAACAAACAAGCAAGACGGGCGGCAUAACACUGCCCAAGGGAGCAAGCUCCAAUAAAGACGGAAGACCAACAGGAAGCUUGGUUGGGAGAAGGGCCUUGACGGCCACGGCGCAUUCCACACAUACCAAGCGACUGAGACUUGUGACGAACACCGACCCGCGCCAAACCUUCAACAGUGAUCGACAACACUUUCUCGAGAGAAUCGACAUAUCCCACACACUCAUCUCUCCCUCCAACUUCCCCGGGGGAUCACGGAGUAAUUACCCAGAGACUAUACCCCGUUAAGCGCCUCCUUCAAUCCCGGCACCAUGUCGUACAAUCGAUUAGACGACGACUUCUACGAAAGUCACCCAAUGGAUCCUCGAAUGCAUACGGCGCCCCCGGCGGGCCACCCCAUACAGCCAGGCUACCAGUUGGAGGACAACCCGUACCACCACCAGCAAGGCUUCGAUAUCCCGGCCGGCCCUGGGAGAUACAGUCCUGGAGAUGCGCUACACAUUCAGACUCCUCAACCGAUCGAGGGCAUGGGCGGAUACAACGCCCCGGGCCAACAUUAUACCCCCGAUUACGCCGUGAACCCGGAAGAGCACCACGAUGCCUACUACAACCAGCCCUACGAGCCCCAAGUUGGCCAUGAUCCAUAUGCCGCGGCUCCCACACCCCCAGUGGCCGGCUACCAGGCGCACGACGACCAACGGCCCAUGCUGAUGCAUACCGAUUCCCAAGUCGGCCAGAGCGAUCCUUACCACGACGAACCCCAACCGCCAACGAACAAUGCGCCCAUCAAGAGGUGGAAGACAGUCAAGCAGGUGCUUCUGUACCGCGGUAACUUGGUGUUGGAUUGUCCCAUCCCUCCAAAGCUGCUGAACCAGCUACCCCACGGCGAGCGCGACGAGUUCACCCACAUGAGAUACUCGGCUGCCACCUGCGACCCUUCCGAGUUCUACGAGGAGAACUUCACUCUGCGCCAGAAGCUCUUCAGCAAGCCUAGGCACACGGAGCUCUUCAUUGUCGUGACCAUGUACAACGAGGACGAGAUUCUGUUUGCGCGCACCAUGAUUGGUGUGUUCAAGAACAUCGAGUACAUGUGCAAGCGGACGGAAAGCAAGACCUGGGGCAAGGACGCCUGGAAGAAGAUUGUGGUGUGCGUCGUCAGUGACGGUCGUGCCAAGAUCAACCCGAGAACGAGAGCGUUGUUGGCCGGUAUGGGUGUCUAUCAGGAGGGUAUCGCCAAGCAACAGGUUAACGGAAAGGAUGUCACGGCGCAUAUUUACGAGUACACGACCCAGGUCGGCAUGACCAUCAAGAACGAUGUCGUCCAGCUCAUCCCGAAGCAGCAGCCCGUUCAGAUGCUGUUCUGUCUCAAGGAGAAGAACCAGAAGAAGAUCAACUCGCAUCGUUGGUUCUUCCAGGCCUUUGGUCGCGUUUUGGAUCCCAAUAUCUGCGUGCUCAUCGAUGCUGGUACUAAGCCCGGUGGCAGCUCCAUCUACCAUCUGUGGAAGGCCUUCGAUCUCGAGCCCAUGUGCGCCGGCGCCUGCGGUGAGAUCAAGGCCAUGUUGGGCACGGGCGGCAAGAACCUGAUCAACCCGCUCGUCGCCACUCAGAACUUUGAGUACAAGAUGAGUAACAUUCUCGACAAGCCUCUCGAAUCCGCCUUUGGCUUCAUUUCCGUCUUGCCCGGUGCCUUCUCCGCUUACCGCUACGUCGCUUUGCAAAACGACAAGAACGGCCAGGGCCCCUUGGAAAAGUACUUUGCCGGUGAGAAGCUACACGGCGGCGACGCCGGCAUCUUCACGGCCAACAUGUACCUCGCCGAGGAUCGUAUCUUGUGUUUCGAGCUCGUCACGAAGCGCAACUGCCAUUGGAUCCUGCAGUACGUCAAGUCGGCCACGGGUGAGACCGAUGUGCCCGCCGACUUGACGGAGUUGAUUCUGCAGCGUCGUCGUUGGCUCAACGGUUCCUUCUUCGCGGCUAUCUAUGCUAUUGUCCACUUCCACCAGUUCUUCCGGUCCGAUCACUCCUUCUUGCGAAAAAUUGCCUUCUUCAUCGAGUUCGUGUUCCAGACGGUCAACAUGAUCUUUGCCUGGUUUGCUAUUGGCAACUUCUUCCUCGUAUUUAAGAUCUUGACGACGGGUCUGGGCGACGAAAAGCUUUUAGGGACUGUCGGCCAGAUUUUGGGCGUCGUGUUCGCGUGGGCCUACGGUGUGACUCUGAUAACAUGCUUCGUCUUAUCCAUGGGUAAUCGGCCGGCUGGUUCUCCACGGUUGUACAUGGGUAUGGUUGUUUUCUGGGCCAUUAUCUUUAUCUACCUAAUGUUCGCAGCCAUCUACAUCGCCGUCGUUGCCAUCCAAACCGACGUCCAAAAGGGCCUCUCCUUCACCGACCUCUUCCGUAACGAGCUCUUCUACACCCUCAUCGUCUCCGUCGUCUCAACCUACGGCAUUUGGCUGAUCGCCUCCCUCCUCAUGUUCGACCCCUGGCACAUGGUCACCUCCAUGGUGCAGUACAUGCUCCUCUCGCCCACCUACACCAACGUCCUCAACGUCUACGCCUUCUGCAACACCCACGAUAUCUCAUGGGGUACCAAGGGUGACGACAAGCCCGACAAGCUGCCGUCUGUCAACACUAAGGACGGCCAGGGUAAGACGGAUCUUCCCGACGAAGGCGAUCUCAACGCCUCGUACGAGCGCGAACUCCAGGUGUUCUCGAGGAAAUACGUGAAGCCGGUGACGGCGCCGACGAGUGCGCAGUUGGAGGAGAAGCAGAUGGAUUAUUACCGCGGUGUCAGAUCGAUGGUCGUGUUGGUGUGGAUGAUUACGAACUUUGCGCUGUGCGCGGUGGUGUUGAGUACAGCUGGUCUCGAAAGGAUCGAUCCGGAGGAAGGAAGCCAGGAGCAGCAGACGACGAAGCGGGCGACGAUUUAUAUGAGCGUGGUGUUGUGGAGCGUGGCGGUUCUGAGCGGGUUCAAGUUUGUGGGGGCUUGUUGGUUUUUGGUAGUGAGGAUGUUUAGGGGUGUUUGAGUGUGAUGCUGUUUUGGUGUUGUUGUUUUUUGCUACUGUUGUUGAUCUUCUGGAAAUGCGUCAUGAAUUAGCUUUUCUUGUUCUUUUCGAAUCUUUGAAGCAAGUGGAUGUUACGUGGACAUGUGGAUUUGGUAAAAAAGCAAAGACAAUGGGAGCUGUUUAGUUGAGAUGGGUGAGGACAUGGAGAGUGGAAUGUGGAUAGAAUCAAAGAUGGGACUUGGGAAGGAGUUGAGAGAGAUUAGGUUCUUUUGCCUCCUUUUAACGCCUUUUUGCUUUAGCCAGAGAUACCUAUUGAACGUUUUGAAGCUUCAGGGGGGCUUUUCUUGGGUGAUCGGAGUGGACAUGUGCUUUGUUUGUUUCUACCGCAGAUGUAAUGGCAGAGAUAUGAAGUCAUGAUGAUACCUAAUGCUAUAGUGACGCCAGUCUGUACUCAG